AUGACAACCAUCACGGCUAACAGAUACGAUAAUCACCAUCACCACAAGCCCUCUCGCUCCCCCACCGUUGAGUUUCUCCCAGACGGUAGCCACCGUCACCUGUUGAGUUCCAGAGAAGAUUCCAAACGCCUUCUUCCAGGUCUGCACAAUAUAUUGUCACACUGGCUAGCGGAGAGCAAGGAUGAUGAAGCACACGAGAGACAGCGAGAGCCGCUCGUGACGAGUCCCCCCAAGGAUCUAGACCCCCUGGCCAGCUUCACGGACAAGUACGGCUCCUGCACGGAUGUCCUCCACUACGGCUCCACGAGUUCGGUCAGACUACAUGCCAAAAAGGUCUCGGGCCGGGGAGCGCAUUCGGCCAAGACGCCCAAGCAGAUGUACGCCGUCAAAGUCUUCCGCCACUCCGCACCGUCGAACCUGACCGACUCGCAUCUGCUAGAGCAACGGAUCCUUUCCCACCUGCAGGGCCAACCCAACAUCAUCACCCUGAUCGACUGCCUGCACGAUGAACGGAACGAUCUCUGCUUUGUGAUGGAAUUUUGUGCUGGGGGCGAUCUGCAGAACCUGAUCGUCCAGGCGGGCAGACUGGACCCCAUCGAGUCGGACUGCUUCUUCAAACAGAUGAUGCGUGGCGUGGAGUUCAUGCACGAGCAAGGCAUCGCCCACCGCGACCUCAAGACGGAGAACAUCCUGGUCACCUCGUCCGGCGAGGUGAAAGUGGCCGAUUUCGGUAACGCAGAAUGGGUCGACCAGCAGAGCGGGUGCACCCCGCGUCGCAGCCGUAAGAAGAAGGCCACCCGACGGCGCAUGUCCGGGACGAUCCCGUACACCGCGCCCGAGGAGCUAGACGGUGGCGACGACUCUUUUCUACUACCGCAGGAAGACGAAUCCUAUGACGCUCGAGCCGGGGACGUGUGGGCGGCCGGUCUGGUGUACGUGGCGAUGCGGACCGGCCAUCUACUGUGGCGAGUGGCUUGCGAGGACGAAGACGGCGGGUACGGAGAGUAUCUGCGGGGGAGAAGAGAGGAGGGAUUUUCUCCCAUCGAUGGACUGGGGGGGACUCGCUGUCGCAACGUGAUCUACGCCAUGCUCUGUCCCAACGCCCAUCGCCGCAUCACCGCGUCGGAAGUGCUCCGGUCGGAAUGGAUCUACGACGUGGUAGUGUGUGUGGAUCAUCUGAAAUGA